UCUAACCCAAAAGUCAGCCGCAACUGAACCAGAUCUGGGCCAGAUCUGUGAAAUUGCAUGGGCCGCAUCUGGGCCAGAUCUGAGAAACUGCAUGGGCUGCAUGUGGGCCAGAUCUGAGAAAGUGCAUGGGCCGCAGCUGGGCCAGAUUUGAGAAUGUGCAUGGGCCGCAGCUGGGCCAGAUCUGAGAAAAUGUAUGGGCCACAUCUGGCCCAGAUAUGGACCAUGCUUUUUCUGAGAUAUGGCCCAGAUCUGGUUCAGUUGUGGCUGACUUUUGGAUCCUUAUGUCAGCCACAAUCAGGUUGAGUCAUCGCCGUCAUUCCGCGCGGUAUGUGGGCCAGAAGAAAAUGGGGGAUGUGGGCCAUAUCUGGGCCAGAUGUAAUUUGCUAUCUGGGGUUCGUUGUUUACAUUUUAAGUCACGAACAGGAAGCAUCUCAACAGCCGCGCCCAUUGAGUCCUUUGACAAGAAUUCUAAAGUACGUGGAUCCUCUGUUCGUUUACUUGUCCAUUUCAUGCACUUAUUGCCAUGUAUGUACAAUACUCAAUCUUUUAUUAAACGAUGUUUUCUUAUUGAUAGACAUAACCUUGGACUACUUUACUGGAUAACAGUAAAUAACUUUGUUUGAUAACAUUGGAUAACUUGCGCGACGCAGAUUGGGAACGCCUACUAGUUUGCCAAAAAAAAAAAGCCUAGUUACUGUAGAUUGCCAUUUUGUUGCAGUCGAACUUAUAUACAAAAGCAAACAGGCAGGGAAUAUGGUUAACGUUUUUAUUUUGUUCUUGUGAGCUUGUGGCAUCUGGUUGAUGUGACAGAUGAAAUAAAGUCAGUAUCGGUGAUGGAGGGAGAUUCUGUCACUCUACACACUGAUGUUACUGAAGUACAGAAAUACUUUUUGAUUCAGUGGAUGUUCGGAAACUCUCGAAUAGCUGAAGCCAGCAAACUCACACAAACCAACUCCACAUAUGAUGGUCCAGAUGGAAGAUUCAGAGAUAGACUGUAUCUGGAUGAGAUUGGAUCUCUGACCAUCACAAAGACCAGAAUCACUGAUUCAGGACUUUAUAAACUGACACUUAUCAGAAGCCAAACCAGCUACAGGAGCUUUAAUGUUACAGUCUUUGUGGCUCCUCAAAGUACUUCAUCUCCAGAAAGUUCAUCAAACUUGAAAUAUUUGUCGUCUCCAUAUACAGUGAAUAAUUCAACCAUCAACCCGACUGAAGAUGCCAUUACAGAUGACAUUACAGAUCUCGACCAGUCAAGUUCAGGCCACAUCCACUGUUGUGGUUUCCCUGAAAUUGUGAUCCGUUUGGUCGUCUCUGCUCUUGUUAGUGUGGCUGCUGUUGCUUUUCUUAUAUAUGAUAUAAGAUCUACAAGAAACGAGCUGAACCGGGUGGAGGAGACUAGACGACACCAGCAGAUGCAUAAAGCAAAAUCACACCAGCGCUAUGAACCCAGCAAAAGAAUGAGCUCCAGAUAUGUUUGCUGAAUGUUACUGGCAUAUUCUUGACAAAAUAAAUCGAUAUAUUUACACAUAGUAUUACACAUUGGAAAAUUUAUUUACUGUGCAGAAUUUUAAAUGAUCUAUUAAAUAUGACUGAAGAUCAUCUCAU